AUGGAAUACAUAAAAAUAACAGCAGAAAAACACAUUCUGUGUUAUUUAUGGUUUGUUGGGCACGAAAGUGCAUCUUACCGGGAUGUAGCUGAUCGUUUUGGUAUCUCAAUAAGCACUUUAUAUAAUGUAAUUACAAGAGUGACCGAAUUUAUUAUGUCUUUGGCACCUAAUAUUAUAAGAUACCCAACAUCAGCUGAAAAAGAAGAAACAUCAACUUACUUUUUUCAAGAAAAAGGAUUUCCUGGUAUAAUUGGUGCUAUAGAUGGUACCCAUGUACGAAUUGACAAACCACUACAAGAUGCCGAUUCUUACAUAAAUAGAAAAAAAUUUUUUUCAUUACAUGCUCAAGGAACAGUUAAUCAGAACUUAAAAUUUAUAGAUGUAUUUAUUGGGUAUCCAGGCUCUGUACAUGAUGCCAGAGUGUUUAAAAAUUCUUCAAUAUAUGAUGAUCUAUAUCAACUUUGUGAAGAUAAUUAUUUCCUUGUGGGGGAUAGUGCAUAUCCGUGUUUAAAACAAUUACUUGUCCCAUAUAAAGAUAAUGGACACUUGACAAGAAAUCAAAAAAUAUUUAAUCAGAAAUUAAGUUCUUGUCGAGUCAUUAUUGAAAACGCAUUUGGGUGCUUAAAACAGCGAUUUCGCCAAUUGUAUCAUUUUAAAUUAAGAGACAUCCCACGAAUGGUCCGUGUCAUACACGCAUGUUGUGUUUUGCAUAACAUGGCCAAUGUACAGGAUUUACAAUUAUUCGAAGCACCUAUAGACGAUGAGCAAGAUUUAGAUGCACAAAAUCAUUUUAAUUAUAAUGAAGCACCAAGAGAAUAUGAAACAGGAGUACAUAAACGAGAUCAGAUAUGUUACGAAAUAACUCAAUAAAACACUAUUAUAAGUAACAAAGAAUCUAUA